UUUACUGUAUUAUCCUAAUAAUUAUAAUAAUAAUAAUAAAAAUAAUAAUUAACUGAAUGAUUUAUUUCAUGAUCUUCAGUUUCUACACGAUAUUAUAGUGCUAUUUUACAUUUAUUCGAAACCGUAUUGUGUGAUUUUUGUAAUUCCGUAAUCCGUUGUGUAAUUGUGUUGGAAAUCAAAACGAAAAUUGGUUUUCGUUGAUAUUAAUUUCAAGGUAUUUACUAAUCUAGAAGACGUUAAUAUGGUGAAAUUAUUUGCUAUGAGUGUAUUAUACAAAGGACCUAAUGAUGCGACUCUGUUGAAAGCUGCAUUUGAACUGCAGUCUUUUGGUUAUUUUCAACGCAAGAGUGUUCAAGAGUUUAUGGGUUUUGUAACAAAAACAAUUGUUGAACGUACAGCUAGUGCUGCUCGGCAAUCUGUCAAGGAAAAAGAGUACAUGUGCCAUGUUUAUGUUCGGGCUGAUAAUUUAGCUGGUGUUUUAAUAUCUGACGAUGAAUAUCCACACAGAGUAGCUCAUACACUACUUACAAAGACAUUGGAUGAAUUUUCUGCAAAAGUACCUUCACAUAGUUGGCCAAAACUUAAUGAAACACAAGUAACUUUUAAUGAACUAAAUAUAAUGUUAGCCAAGUAUCAAAAUCCAAAAGAAGCUGAUGCAAUGACUAAAAUUCAACAAGAUUUAGAUGAAACAAAAAUUAUUUUGCAUAACACAAUUGAAGCAGUUUUGGAGCGUGGAGAAAAACUUGACGAUUUAGUUGCUAAAUCUGAAGGUUUAAGUAUGCAAUCCAAGGCAUUCUACAAAACUGCCAAGAAAACCAAUGCCUGUUGUCGAAUGUAAUGCUAUGAAAUUAUUGGUAAUCAAUAUAACUUGACUGGUUUAAGUAUAUUAUAAUUUUUAUUAUCCAGUUAGCCAACAAAUAAGACUACUUUUAAGGAUAUUUAAAUACAAUGUUAUGGCUUAUUUAUUUGUACAUUCCAUUACCUUCCCAGCUUAAAAUGUAUUCUAUAAUUGGAAGAAAAAGUGUGUUCAUUACUUUUAUCCACAUUUGAAAACAUAAUACAUAGUUUGUUAUAAACAGAAAAAACAUGCAACUAUGAAUACCAAUUAAAUUAAUUUAAAAUGUUUUAAUACUCAAAACAUUUUUUUUAUAAUUUAUAUUUUUUAU